CGUUCCAAAUCUGUGAAGUGCGAGAGAUUGUGAAAUAAAAAAACAAGUCAGAGCUCUGAGUUUCAGCUUGACAAUAAUGUGUGCCUUAGUUAAUCGAACGGUAAUUUUAAUCAAAAACCAAACAUAGUCUUCUUUCCAAUAUCAUGGCAGGAGCAGAAGAACGGGAUUGGAACCCAAGCGAACAAGUUUUCCAUGAUGCUGUUCGAGAGAAUCUGAUUGAUUUCCUGUUCUUUGCAUUUCUAUAUAUGGUGUCAUAUGCAAUAAUCUACAAAUUCAAGAGACAGCCAGAUAAAGAAGAUUAUUUUUCAUAUGACGUUGAAGAUGCCAUGGUGUAUAAGGUUUCCCUUUGGAUCUGUGUAUUCACUUUAGCUGUGUCAUUUGGAGCAGUCCUACUACUUCCAUUUACCAUCGCCAGCAAUGAGGUACUCCUGCGUUACCCUAACAACUACUACAUGCGCUGGCUCAAUGAUGCAUUGGUUCACGGUCUUUGGAACUUAAUAUUCCUAUUCUCAAACUUUGCCUUGUUCGUGUUGAUUCCUUUUGCUUAUUUAUUCACGGAGUCUGAAGGUUUUUCAGGUUCUAAAAAGGGCAUCAUUUCCCGGCUGUACGAGACAAUUAUCAUGUUGUUCCUCUUUGCGUUGUUGGUCUUCGGACUUGCAUGGGUUGCCACAGCAUUGUUUGAUGGAGAUAAAAAAAGCAGGAAGUCUUUCACAAGUGUUUGGAACUACUAUCUUCCUUUUCUCUACUCCUGUAUAUCCAUACUGGGUGUACUGAUGUUGCUGAUUUCCGCACCUCUGGGAUUUACGAGAAUGUUUUCGGUAAUUGGAGCAAUAGUGGUGAAACCAUUCUUCAUUGAGGAUGUUGAAGAGAAACUAUACGCCGCACAAUUUGAGGAAGAUGAUGUGCAAAGAAAGCUCAAAGGUAGUCAAGGGCCCUCUUCGUUUGAUGGUGUCGGUUGCACGGAAUUUAAUCACACAAAUGGAAAUCAUACUGUAAACAUGAACCAGGAGGAGCUGCAGGAGACACUAGUAAAAUUGACACGCAAGAGAAAAAAUCUGGAGAGGCGAGUCCAGUCAUCAGCAUGGCAACGUAACCUUGGUUACCCGUUGUUAUGGAUUCUGCUGUUCAUUUUGACGAUUAUUUCCUUGUCCAUGGUUUGCUGGAAUGUCUUCCUGAUGGUGUUCGGUCUUGACACACUCCCAGUGAACAUACGUGAAGCAGGGCUCGGCAAGGUUUCCUUUUCCAAGCUGGGAAUAUUUGGAUCUCUUCUUGAGGUUAUUCUAAUACUAUAUUUAAUGUUAGCAUCAGUGGUAGGAUUUUACAGCGUUCCAUGGCUACAUUCUCUUGUCCCUAAACACAAGGAAACACCCAUGACCAAAGUUAUAGUCAAUUGCAUUGUCUUAUUGAUCCUAAGCUCUGCGCUGCCUGUUGUUUCCAGGAGUCUUGGUAUCACAAACUUUGAUCUUCUUGGUGCAUUCGGAGAAUUUGAUUGGUUGGAUAACUUCUACUUCAUUAUCGUAUAUAAUGGUCUGUUUGCAAUUGGAACCUCUUUAUGUUUGGUGAACCGCUUCACUGCAUCCGUACGUAGUUACAUAUUCCAGAAGGUUCUCCAGUACAUGUACAAAGUGCGGAAAUCACGAGCGACCAGUUGGAUCCCAAAGCCUCCAAAACUUUUAAUGUCCAAUGGCAGAUUACCACAUAUUGCUAAAGGUGAAUAAAUUGGACCGAUGAUGAGAAAGUAUAUUUGGCAAUAAUCAGUGUGCGAAUGAUAGAUAUAGACAGAGUAUAUAUCCUAAAUGGGGGAUACACUUGAUGUACAUCCAAAUAGUCUGCAGAAAUUCACUGGUAAAGUUGGUGAUCAUGUUUGAAAUAUUCUUCAUAAGGAAACUAACCCUAGCAUGUUGAAUUCUAGAGAUGCCUUGUUAGCAGGGUGAUAGUUGAGUUAAUGGUGGUUCCAUAAACCUACUGUCAAAGUGAGUGGUCGCUAGUUAAUUGGAUCACUGCCAGUUAGAAUAAUUGCCUUUGUUAUAAUAUAUUUGUGUUUUUGUGUCUGAGGAAUACUUGUGUGCUACCUAAACUUUUUGCCUGGUUUCCUUAAUUAACAGGCACUUACUGCUGUGUCAAAAAGUCUCUAAACAUGAGAUGCUCAGCAUCCAGUAUAGUUUAAUCUACACUUCAGUAUGUAAAACAAUUACUAUUUAGCACAUAAUUUUUGUAAUUUAUGCAAGAAUUCCCCAAAUACCCUAAUCACCUUGUAUAUAAUGAUCAUUCCAGCAAUGCCAUUGGCCAACAGAAAACCUCACAAUCAUUACUAUGAUGCGAUUGGCCAAUGAAAAAAAAAUUUACAAAUAUUACUGUCAUGUCAUUGGCCAAUAAUAUCUUUGGCAACACAUUAGCACUAUAUGUUGUCACAUGUACCAAUGUAAAUAAAAACACCAAAUUGUAAUGUGCAUUUCCAUGAUGCACAUUGUAUAUAAUUUUCAAGAAACAAUGAUGAACUUAUUAGACACAUAGGCAAAGCAUGGUGAAACUAUGAGAAGACGGACAUGAGGUUUUGUUGACUAUAUACUUGUACAAUUUUCAGCUCAUUUUUUUGUUUUGUUGUGAAAAACAUUUGCAUCAAAUGCCUGUCCAUACAACCAAAAGCAAACCAUAUGCAACAAAGUAUGUAUUUCUAAAAAAAAAAAAAUGAAUGUCAUUGAUGUCAAAGUAUUUUGGAGAAUAUUUUUAAAGUUGUCCUAAAUUGCAUAUUGCUUGUGAAAUCUGUGUUUGAAAUUGUUGUUGAUGAAGUAGAAGUCUAGUAAAAAUGCUGCCACCAAUGUUUGCAUAUUGAAAUACUGUAUGUCAUAUUAAAGUUGGAUUUAUAAAAGAAUGUGGAAAUCCAUGCAUUAUGACCAAACCAAAGGAGGAUUUGAACUUCUUGUGAAACAAUAAUAUAUGUGUUGAUAAAAAACAAAAUUAUUGACUUACGAAAAAAUAUAAUUACAAUAGUCAAAUAUAAUAACCUAUUAGAUUUUCAUAAGUAGAUAUAUGUGCUAUUAAUAAAAUCAUCCCAAGCGCUAAGAACAUAAUAAUUGAAAUGAAUAGCAGUACUGUAAUAUAGUGUAUAGCAUGUAUUCUGUCUGCCUCCCUCUUGACAUUUAAAGAAGUUUAGUCUCUUUAUACCAGCAUGUUAAAAAAAUAUAAACUCAUUCUGGUUGUAUAAUACAGUAGUAAUUUUCCAUUUCAAGUUCUCCACUAAAGCGUAAACAUUCAAUAGAUAUAUGGUAGUUUACUUUUCCUUUUUUUAAUAAGAUUAUAGUUAACUUGGAUAUAAAGUAUUCUUAAAAAAGAUCAUAGAAAACAUGGGAAAAGUGCAAUUUCAAAACAUGUUAUUAACGCAUGUACUCAAGUAUUUUCAUUUGUGAUGUAAAAUUGAUAAUGCGUGAUGUACGAGAUAGAAUUUAAAAAAUAGUGCUAAACAAAGCCCACAUUUCUUGAUUAAUCAUGGUUCACUUUAAAUGCUUACUGCUACAAAUGUUACAUAUUGCAGUCAGUCACUUCUGUAUAUGUACUGAAUGCAAACAGAUCUAUUUGUUGAGAAACUGCAUACUAAUUGUUAAGUAACAUCAAGAGAAAAAUGUAAUUAAUAAAUUAAAGUUAUCGGUCAAUGAUACAUGGAGCUAAACAUAUUAAUUUCAGACCAUUUAAUGUGAAAUUCCUUAAACUUAUUACCAGCCAAUUUAAGGAUCUAUGUAAAGGUUUUUGGAACAGUAUUAUUUUAUGCUUAAUUUAAUUGGCAGGGAAAAUGUUUUUUCAUUCUGGAUUUUUCAAUGGAUUGGAAAGUAUUUCAUUAAAAUUUUUUCAGCUUGAAACUGGUGUUAUAUUUUUAGGAUAUUUUGGUUAAAAUAUUGUUUUUGCUAUUAUACACCACAGGGGGGGAACAUGGGGCCCCGACAGCAAUUUUCUUACGACCCACAAAAAUAAAUUUAUAACAGUGUGCAGCUCAGCUACCAUCUUUUACUUAAAAAACCCCCCUUAAUAUGGCCCAAUGCCAAUCAUCUGAUUUUAUUUACAUACUCUCUGUUGUAUAAACAUUUCAUUAAAAAAAUUUUUGAUUAAUGUACAUCAGAUAUUGAAUUUUCUAAAAUAUCAUUUUUAUUAUGUUAGUUUAUGUAAUUAUAUUUUUGUGCUUUAGUUAUAAUUUUCUUGUUCACAUGAACUUUAUUUUUAAAUUGUCUUCCACUGAUUUUAUAGAAUAUACCUUCCAAAUCUUAGAUCGUACUUAACAAGUGGAUGCCAGUUUGAAUGAAACCAGUUCGAUCCAUUACAUGUGGACAAAAACUUCAAGCAUUUACCAGUUGUGCAAAUGCUAACUUCAGGAAAAUUUUUGUUGUAGUCCUCCAGCUAAAUGUACACUGGAAAAAUAUAAAGAUUCUGUGGUUAAACUGUUUGCUCAAGAGUGCCAUUAGGGAGUUUUUGCAAGGUUAAGAAAACAAUAACAAAUACGGUGACGUCAUCAAAGUUUUGGACAAUCCUUCCCCCACAGUAGCACAUCUGUCACAGCGUAUGCGAUUCAAGCCCUGUGCAUGAAUCAAGGGUCGUAUUCAGUACAUACAGCGUAAUCAUCAAGAAUGUUUUAAGCACAAAUGAUGAUAAUGAUUAUUGUUAUUCGUUAUCGUAAGGUUGUGAAAUCGCCCUAAUGUACCAGUUGAUAUCACCUGGUUUUGUCCACAAAAAUAAUUCUGUUUUCACUCUGGCACUCACUCAAACUGGCAUUCGCUCAUUUUAACCUGUUAUCUGUAGGCCUAAAGUUUAAUUUUAGUAUGCAUUUUUGUUUCCAAUCAUUUAAUUAGCAUAUAUGGGCUGAGUUACAAACAUACUCAUUGUUUAUAAUUUAUCAUUUACUUAUUCUUCUCAGGCCAUCUCUCAUAAUGUUAAUAAUAACUAAAUUAGUACUAUUGAUAUUACAGGUAUUUAUAAUUUACUAUUGCAUAAAAAUGUUAAGUUUUCUUAUUUGAAAUAUUGUUUUUUGUUUUGUUUUGAAAGUGAUUGUAAUGAUAUAAUUUAUAUUCAGUUUUUAAGUAUGUAUCUAGGCAGACAGACAUCCACAUACCAUUUGGCUGUUAACCAAAUAUCUUAUAAACAAGAUAGCGCUCUCCACCAUUUUACGCAUAACAGAAUAGAAGCGUUGAUGUUCAGUAAAAAGAAGCAUAAAAAGUAAUUAAAUUUUAGAGAGGACAUCUUAGUUGUUACAGUGUUUGCAUGCAGAAAUUGCAAGAUGCACUAUCUUUAGUUAACGAUGUCAAAGUUGAAAAGUAAUUGUUUUUGCAAGAGGGCACCCUACAUUGCGUUGUUACAGAAUUUGCAUGCAGAAUCGCAGAGAACGCUAUCUUGUUAUUAUAAGAUCUUUGCUAUUAACUAAAGAAACUUCAUGGCAAGGUAUACAGAAUUCAAACAUUGUAAAAAUAUCCAUAUGUUAUUUGAUUUUUGUUUACUGUAGUGUAAACUAACAGACAAAAAUUUGUUUACAAAAAAUCUAAAUCUAAAGGACAAUCCUUCAAAUCUAGAAGUUUAACUCUAUUCAUUUACCUUUAACACACGAUCAUUUAUAAUAAUAAUUUCACUUGUUUUUGUAAUACUCCCCUGCAUCAAUGCAAUCAUGUUUAUUGCCACAAUAAACACACUCUGGCCCUACAACUCAUCAUCCAACCUAAGGGAUGCUGUAAAAUGAUACACAUGGAGAUCUUAGUAUACAAUGUCUAAAUAUUCACAUUACAAAAGUCAGUUUUUAUGCAGUAUUAUAUUUAUGUCUAUUUUACUUUAAUAAUUAAGUUCUUUGUUGUGACAUUAUACCACUGAGGGAGCUCAAUGAAACUUGGCAGUAUUUUUGUUUAUGUAGGUUAGUAGUUUAACUAUAUAUAAUUAUUAUUUAUGAAAUAUUAUAAAAUAUGUGCAUGAUUUAGUUUGUUUAUUUUAGUUAUACAGUUUGAUAUAUAACAAGAAAACUUUACCCUAUAGUUUAGGUCUUCCAUAAAAAAGCUCACCCUUGAUCUUCAAGAUUCUGGGUUACAUUGGGCCUUUACAUCUUAUACAGUGUUCAUAAAUUGCCUGCAAGUUGUGAUAGGAUCCCAGUCUUUCCAUCCAAUAAACAUACAAGAGAUUUGCUGCACAAGGGACCAAUGGCUUAAACAUCUCUUCCAAGAGAAUACUGUAGUAACUUGUAUUUCAAUCCUCCAGCAGAAACUGGGAAGUAAAGGUGGAAUAGCCCCAAGGAUUUCCAUGGUUCAGCGCACACACUGACUGGAUUUGUUACUGUACUUUUUUGUGUGAAAGUUUUGCACUAGAUUUAAUUAAUAAAUAUGAAAUGAGCACCUUUAUUGAAAUAUGCAUUUUUAAAAUAAGUAUAAUACUUUUUAUAACACCCAACUGAUUAUUUUCUGCAAAAUUUCUUAAUAAUAUUGCAAAUUUAUAUAAUUUAUAUAGAAACAAAAAAGAAGCACAUAUUUGUUUUAUAACUUUGUUUUGGUGGUUUUGUUAUAUUGUUAAAAAUGAUUGAAAAGUUAAAUUUUUGAGAAUAUCUAAAAUGAAGCUGAAAGUGAAAAGUUUAAUUUUUAAGCCUUUUUGGAUUAAUUUUCAUUUUAUAUUUUUUCUUUGUAAAUAGUAUUAUUGUAAAUGUUAAGGUUCAUUUGUUAUAUAAAGUAUAUUUGUGUAUAUUCCAUUGUCAUGAUUUUGCAAUAUGAUUUCAAUAAAACAAUUAAUAUUCAAAUCUGUUAUAUGAAAAUCUUCAAAUAUGUUAGUGUUAUAGUGCUCUUUGUUUUAUGUAUAAAUAUUUUCUUUUGCUGCCCAUAACAAAUAUUGUAUAUGGAGGCCUCAGUGUGGUGCUUAUUCGAGAGCAGCGUUACUUUAUUAUACAAUUAGGCAGUGAAUAUACUUGGGUCACUGUAAUCAGAUGACGAAAUGAUAGGUUUAUGUCAAACCAAAUUACUAUCUAGGCCUAGAUAGUGUAAACACAGCUUUACGUAACUAUGCAUGUUACAAA